AUGAUGGAAAACGCUUCAGUUAUUACCAGGCUUACUCUGUCAGGGCUUGAUGGAAUAGCAAGGUACAGAGUUACUCUCUUUUUGCUCACUUUACUGUGUUAUUGUGUGAUUUGGCUGGUAAAUGUCACUGUUGUUGUAACAAUCAUUGUGGACAAAAACCUUCAUGAACCCAUGUACAUCUUCAUUUGCAACCUGUGCAUCAAUGGACUCUAUGGGACAGCAGGUUUUUAUCCUAAAUUCCUCCAUGAUCUUCUAUCAAGCAUUCAUGUCAUUUCUUAUUAUGGGUGUCUUCUGCAGAGUUUUGUGCUGUCCUCUUCAGCCUCUGCUGACUUCUCUAUUCUAGCUCUGAUGGCUUAUGACAGAUAUGUGGCUAUAUGUCGACCUCUAGCAUACCACUCUGUGAUGACUAAAAAAAGGGUUUUUGUUUAUGUGUUUUUAGCCUGGCUUGUUCCUUUUUUCUUGCUAUUCUUGAGCACAAUAACAACAUCAUCACCAGUUUUAUGUGGCUCCCAUAUACCAAAACUCUACUGUGUUACUUGGUUAAUUUCUAACUUAGCUUGCUCUGCAUCCUUAGCACGAGUUAUUAUUCCAGCUUUUAUUUACACUUUCUAUGUUGGCCAUGUUAUUUUUAUUGUUUGGUCUUACAUAUAUGUGGUGAAAAUAAGCCAUGCAUCUAAAGAAAACAUGCGUAAAUUUAUGCAGACAUGUUUACCACAUUUACUCUCUUUAGUAAUUGUUACUGCAUCAUUGCUUUUUGACUUGUUGUACAUGCGAUUAGGCUCAAAGCAGUUGCCACAAAAUGCCCAGAAUUUUUUAUCAAUGCAAAUUGUCCUCAUUCCACCAAUUAUUAAUCCUCUCAUCUAUGGCUUUGUUUUGACAAAAAUCAGAAAAAGAGCCUUUAACUUAUGUAAAUGUUGUGUUUUUAAAUUACAGUCAUGA